AUGGCAGCCAAGGACCGGGCCAAGCCGGCCCUGACCUGGCUCAUCACGGGCUGCUCGUCCGGCUUCGGCCUCGCCGUAGCGCGCCUGGCCCAGGCCAACGGGCACAGGGUCAUCGCGACGUCUCGCGACCCUCGCCGGACGCCGGAGCUCGCCGAGGAAGUCGUGGCGAAGGGGGGCGAGUGGCUCCGGCUGGACCAGGACGAGCAGGACUGCGGCCGCGUGGUCGACGAGGUCGAGGCGCGGGGGCUCGCCAUCGACGUCCUGGUCAACUGCGCGGCCGUCGGCACCGCCGGCCCCGUCGAGUCCUUCAGCGAGGCCGAGGUCCGCAGGGUUAUGGAGACCAACUUCUUCGGGCCGUACCGCCUCCUGCGCGCGGCGGCCCCCUACAUGCGGCGGCGGCGCUCCGGCGUGAUCGUCAACUUGAGCAGCGGCGCCGGGAUGGAAGCUCGCCCUUCCCUGGGCGUCUACGGCGCUUCCAAGUCGGCGCUCGACGGCCUGACGAAGGUGCUCCAUAAGGAACUGCAAGAAUUCAACGUGCGCGUUCUGCUCGUCUACCUCGGCGCGUUCGACACCCCCAUGGCCAAAAACGUCGGCUCCGUCGCGCAGCCCAUCGACCCGGACUACCGCGGCACGGUGACGGAGAAGCUCUUCAAGAUCCUGAGCACGGGGGACUUCGAGAUCCGCGGCGACCACCUCAAGGCCGUUCGAGCGAUAUACGACGUGGUGGUGGGCGAGGGCGUGGGCGCCGGUCGCGAAAGCGAGAUCAUGCCCCCCCUGGGCACGGAUAUGGCGGCAAGGAUCGAGGAGACUCAGCGCCGCCUCACCCAUGCUAUGGAAGUAUUCGGCGAUAUAUGUGUGAACGUCAACGUCGACGAUAGUGCCCCCUUGAGAGAUUAG